GACACCCGUUCCGGAAGCGGCUGUUGGCGGCUGCAGGGCAACACCCCGGCGUCCCUGGAAGCGGGGAGCCGGGGUGGGUGGCGCUGGGGAAGCUGCGCGGCCCGCCGAGAUCGGUCGUCCGGUGCCUCCCGCGGCGGGGGGCCGGUGUUCGAGCCCAGACCUAUCAUGGCCGGAAGACCCAUCCGCAUAGGAGACCAGCUGGUCCUGGAGGAAGAUUACGAUGAGCUGUACAUCCCCAGUGAGCAAGAAAUUGUUGAAUUCGCCAGAGAGAUCGGUAUUGAUCCCAUCAAGGAGCCGGAGCUGAUGUGGCUGGCGCGGGAGGGCAUCGUGGCCCCGCUACCCAUGGAGUGGAAGCCCUGCCAGGACAUCACAGGGGAUAUUUACUACUUCAACUUUGCCAACGGGCAGUCCACGUGGGACCAUCCGUGUGACGAGCACUACCGGAACUUGGUGAUCCAAGAGCGAGGGAAGCUGUCAACUCCAGGAACCGUUAAGAAGAAAGACAAGAAAAGGAAAAAGGAAAAGAAAGACAAGAAGGACAAAGAGACCUCUAAAAGUCCGCUGGCCCUGGGCUCCUCGUUGGCCCCAGUCCACGUCCCUCCAGGGGGCCUGGCUCCCUUAAGAGGCCCCGCGGACGCCCUGCCCUCUGCUCUCCGUGGAUCGCAAAGCGUGAGCCUGGGGAGCUCCGUGGAGUCUGGUCAGCUUGGAGAACUCUCGCUGCCUCCACAGGGUCUCAAGACCUCUGCUUACACAAAGGGUCUCUUGGGCUCCAUCCAUGAGGACAAGAAAGCUUUUAGCCUCUUGGCUUUAGGGGAGGAGAGCAACGAGCAGGAUGCAGCGGACAGUGACAGCCAGAGUGUCCGCAGCUCAAGUGAGCUUCUUAAGAACCUGCACCUGGACGUCGGGGCGCUGGGGGGUGACUUUGAGUACGAGGAGUCUCCAAGAGCAAGCCAGCCGGAGGAGAAGGAAGCUUCUCCGGAUUCCGAAGCUGCCGGGCCCCCCACCCCCGGCAAGCUCUGCAGCCAGGAUGCAGACAGCAGUCUGAGCGCGGCCAGCGGCCCAGGGCAGCAGGGAAGAGGGGCGAGCCCCUGGCUCCUGGAGAAAGAAAAGAAUGAGAAGAGUGAUCCGGGGCUGCCCGCGAGUGGGGUGGGCCCUGGGGGCGGUCAGCCUGCCGGAGCCAGCACGAGGGAGGCCCCGGAGCCCCCAGCGGACACAGGCCCGGAGGGUUCCAGGAAGGGAGAGGCGGACAGAGGCCCUGAAGGCGGACGGAGGCGGAAGGAGGAGGCCUCUGUCGGGAAGGAGAGCAGGUCCGACGUGAGCGAGGGGUCAGAGACUAGCGAGCGCAUGAAGGAGCUGCAGCUGUCCGACUCCGCCGCUUCGGACCCCGAGUCCUCCCUGGGCCUGGACUUCGGUUUUCGCAGCGGGAUCACAGAGUGCCUGCUGGGUGUUGAUGUGCUCUCCCCGGUCCUGGGGGGAGCCCGCCGGGAGGCCCAGAGGCUGGGGAGAGAAGACAAGGACAGCAGCCGGUCCAUCCAGGACGAGCCACAGAGCAAGAGGUGCAAAGGCCUGGAGAGGUUGUCUCCCCCACUUGUGCCUGGGAGGUCACUCCAGAGUCCCCUUUGCAGCCAGGCCACUGACGAAGGGCUUCCGGAGGCGCCUGAGGGGCAGCCCAAGCAGAAGAGGGCAGAGGAGCCCGGAGAGGACUCUGCUGGCAGCCCCCUCCCGGCUGGGUCCCCGAGGAGGCAGGAGACCCCCAGCCCGCCUGCCGCCCCGGAGUCGGGCAGGGAACAGCGCUCCGGGGCCGAGGAGCCCGAGGAGGAGGCAGAGGAGGAGGAGGAGGAGGCAGCCAGCCCCGCCGUGCCGGCCUCCGCAGAGCUAGAGAAGAGGGAGGGCCACGCCUCGCCGGGCCACGUGGGGCAUGACCGCCGCGUGGCGGGAGGCAGAAGGGGCGAGGAGGGAGAGCACGGCCUAGAGCCUUUGUCGGCGCUUCCCUGGGAAGGCCUGGGUGAGGCAGGGGCACCUCCAGAGCAGGCUUCGCCAAGGGCCCCAGAGGAGGCCGUGGCCCAGGACCUGGAGCAGGACCGGAGGCAGCUCCUGGAAUCGAAGCAGGAGAAGAUCCAGCGGCUCCGGGAGCAGCUGUGGCAGGAGGAGGAGGAGGAGGUGCUUCGGCUUCAGCAGCAGCAGCAGAAGUCUCUCAGUUCCCUGAAGGAGCAGCUGCGCCAAGCCGCCGAGGAAGAGGAGACGCGGAUGAGAGAGGAGGAGGGCCGGCGGCUGGCCCGGCUCCGGGCCCGGGUGCAGACCAGCGCGGAGGCCGAUGCGGCCCGGAUCAGGGCCGAGCAGGAGGCCUCCCUGCAGAGGCUGAGGGAAGAGCUGGAGUCUCUCCAGAAGGCCGAGCGGGCCGGCUUGGAAGAGCGGAACAGACGGACGCUGGAGCAGCUCAAGGAGGAGAUGGAGGCCUCGGAGAAGCGGGAGCAGGCGGCCCUGAGUGCCGAGAAGGAGAGGGCUCUGCAGCAGCUGCGGGAACAGCUGGAGGGGGAGAGGAAGGAAGCGGCGGCAGCACUGGAGAGGGAGCACCGAGCGGAGCUGGAGCGGCUCUCUUCCUCGCGGGAGGCCGAGCACAGGGAGGUUGUCUCCAGCCUCCAGAAGGCAGUUGCCGAGGAUGCGGGGUGUGUGAGUGUGAGUGUGCCCCGGCCCCCAGGCACUGCCGAGGGUGCGGGGAGUGCACCUGCCAAGGACUUGAGGUGUGUGAGUGUGAGUGUGAGCGUGCCCCGCCCCCAGGCAGCUGCCGAGGAGGCCGCCGAGCUGCGGGGCGGGCAGCAGGGCUGCAACACACAGGCCCGAGGGAGGGCCAGCGCGCGGUGCCCACGCCACACCCCAGUGCCCCUCCCUGCUGGCGCUGCAGUUCCCACCAGCAGCCUCUCUUCUGAGCAGGAGCGGAAGCAGCGGGCGGAACUCCUGGGACACCUGACCAGGGAGCUGGAGCGCCUUCGGAGGGCACACGAGCGCGAACUGGAGGCUGCGAGGCAGACGCAGGACCGGCAGCUGGAGGACGUGCGGCGGCGGCACCGGGAGCAGGAAAGGAAACUCCAAGAUUUUGAGAUGGAACUCGAAACCAGAACCAAAGAGGUCAAGGCCAGAUUGGCCCAGCUGGACCUUCAGGAGGAGACUGUCCAAGCGGAGAAGCAGCAGCUCCUUAAGAUGUGCUUCUUGCUGUCCUUCUGCCCCCAGGAAGCCACAGCCAAGCACCGUCUCCUGGGGGAGGCCGAGGAGGAGCACACCCAGCUUCUGGGGUCAAACCGACAGCUCCGAAGGGUUCUCGACGAGCUUCGGGCCCGCAAGUCGGAGCUGGAGGCUCAGGUGGAUGUGCUGCAGGCGCAGAGUCAGAGGCUGCAGAAACGCGUCAGCGACCUGGAGGCUGAAGUUCAGCAGAAGCAGGACGUGUUGGAAGAGCUGGCAGCUAAGGAGCGCGGGGCCUCCCCAUGUGCUGAGCCAGAGCUCCACAUUGAGGACCUGCGGAAGUCCCCUGGGACCAACCCGCCCAAGGACCCGUCCCCACCUCUCCUCCAGAGCAGGGAGACCAACGUGUCCUUGGACAGCACCCGACAGUACCUGUCCACCGAGGGGCUGGCCCUGCGCAGCGCCAAGGAGUUCCUGGUGCAGCAGACCCGCUCCAUGCGGCGGCGGCAGACGGCGCUCAGAGCCGCCCGGCAGCGCUGGUGCCAGGAGCUGGCCGGCAGGCAGGAGGCCGCCCGAGAGCCGCCGGGCACCACGGACCUGGAAGACAUGCGCAAGGACUUGGAGGAGGAGACCCGGCACCUGGAUAAGAUGAAGUCGGUCGUGCGCAAGGGCCACGACCUGCUGAAGCAGAAAGAGGAGAAGCUGAAUCAGCUGGAGUCCUCUCUUCGGGAAGAGGCCUCAGAUGACGUUCUGAGAGGCGCCCCUGCCAAGAAGGUGGUGACUUUUGACCUCAGCGACACUGAAGACAUGAGCAGCCCAAGUUCUGAGUCCUGCCCCCUGUCUCACCCCCUCCUGACCCCCAGCGCCCCUGCCUCCAAGAUCUUCUACUUGAGGAGCUCCCUGCAGCAGAUCAGCAGCCAGCUGAACGCCGUCCUCAGCGUGCUGGGCGCGCUCGACCCCCCGACGCCCUUGCUCUCCACCCCGCCCCGCGGCCCCCACAGCACCGCCCUGGCCGGGCUCACCGCCCCGCCGCCGCCCCCCACCCGCUGGGCCUGGGACCUCGGGCUGAGCCCUGGGCUCUCCGCGGCUCAGAAACUGGAUGACUUCCUGGUGCAGAAGUGGCACAAGCGUUUUCCAGCCAGAGUCCCGUUCCUCGGCACCGGCCCGGCCCCGCUGGUGAGCAGGCUGGGGUACGUGUCCGCCAGCGAGCAGCUUUGCCUCCUGCAGCCGCCCCACAUCCCCGACGUGGGCGGCACUGACUUCCGGGGCAUGAUCGAGGCUAACCGGAAGUGGCUGGCACGUUACAAGGAUGACCCCAAGCUACAUCUCUUCCCGGCAGCCGCCUCGAGCCUCCGGCAGCUGGGCCUGUAGCCCUGCUGAGGCCCCGCACCUGUCCUGCACCAGCCCGAGUGCCCGAGCAGCCGCCCUCCGUCCCUUCUGAGGAAGCAGGGGCCUGCCCCGGGCGCUGCCUUCCCAGACCUACCUCUCGGGCUGCGAGCGUGGGCCAGGCAACGCUGGUGGGGGCAUCGCGCCACGGACGCCUGCAGGGGGAGGGGGAGGUGUUAGAGUUGCCGGCCCAGGCCCUCUCUCUGGACCCACAGAGCACUCAGUGCUGGGGCCCCUGCAUUGUGUGGUCCUUCAAUCACUCACCCCCACCCCCCAGAUCUGUACCCGGGGACCAGGCCUUGUUUUUUUUAAAUGUCUCCUUUCUUGAUCAUCUCAGGAUCCAGCCCAGAGCCCUGCCAGAGGGUGCUGGAAGCUCCCCCCUCUCCCCGUACCCCCAAGCUCUGCCGCUGGUCCUCCCUCUGCUGGCAUAGGGCUGUCCUCAGGGGUGCUCCCUUCCCUCAGGCUCCCCCCCACGAGCAUCUCAGGGUCAUAAGCACACCACUUUCAGGAAGCCACCAAGCCCUAAGAGAAGGCUGGGAUGGCUUCUGGUCUUCUCUUCCUGGACCUCCAUGGGGAUGGUUGUGGGGACCCAUUCCACCCCUGCCACUCCUCCCCAGGGGCCAGACCCCCCUGGCAUUGGCGGAGGGGAUGGACUCUGACGUCUGUCCCGCUGUUGAGAUAGAACGGCCCCAGGUUUGUCUUGAAAGCUAGGCGGUCGCCCUUGGCCUCUCUCCUACAUAGACACCAAGUCUCUGCCAGGCCUCCACUCGUGUGUCAGGGACUAAGACUGUUCACUCCUCCCAUACUUUAUAGGCAUCAGUCUGCCACGGGGGAAAAAGUCCGUUUUGUUAUUUAGUUCAUUCUGCUUUGGGGCUAGCUUACGCGUUAGAACCAACUCUGGUGACAAUCCUGUAUUUUCUACAUCAAUUAAAUCUCUGCAGGUCCAUUUGCUA